AUGCCCUUGCUAGAUGAUAAGGAAGCUCUGUGUGUGCUAGACUGCCACGUAGUGAGAGCUGGUGUGCUGGUGUUGUUGCAGGUGGGCGACAUGGAGCGCCCGAGGCGGCUGCCGCGGCCGCUGCUGCUACUGGUGCUCGCUGCACUGGUGGCCCCACUGCGCGCCGGCCCACUCCAAGGGCCCCACGCGGACCCUGAGGUCGACGGCGAGGAGUCGCGCAAGGUGCUCGGCUCCAGCGUGGUGACGUCGGUGUCGGUGAUCAUGGACCUGGGCGACGGCACCAAGGCGUACCUGGCGGACGCCGUCGGGAGGCCGCUGCGGCCGGCGGCCGGGUCGCCGCCGCCGGGCUCGCCGGCGGCGCUGCUGUCCCCGGACCGGUACGAGUUCUACACGUUCGACGAGCAGGGCGACCUGGUGCGGCGCCACAUGACGCUGGCGCAGAUCCAGGGCCUGCUGGCGGCGGGCGGGCAGCCGCUGCGCCUGCGCCUCCGGCCGCGCCCGCCGCUGCAGCAGCCGGAAGACGGACAGGCGCAGCCCGCGCUGCUCAGCGCCGAGGAGGACGCCGGCGCCGGCCAGGACAGCGACGACGUGCGGCACGUGGUCGAGAGCGUGCAGAGCGUGCUGCGCGGCGCGCUCGACAAGGUACGCCCAGCGGCUAGCGCCGCUGCGCCGUCGCCAGCCGCUGCAACCACUGCUGCAGCACCGGCCAGCCCCAGACCCAGCACCAGCACGCGUCGCCCUGCACCCAAUAGGCGUCCACCCAGCAGGCCGCAGUACCGUCCCAGCUCGCCCAGACCCGUCGGCCAGACGAGACGACCGCCGCUGCGGCCAGCUGCCAGCACCAUCAAGCCGGUGGUCUCCACUGCCAACAGCAUCAUCUCUACCGUCAAGCCCACACGCCGGCCUCCUCCCACCAGAUGGACUACUUCUCCCACUACCCACACAGAGGCCACAACUGUGGCAGAUAAGUCCCCGUCGAAACUACCUUACAAAACUACGACAACAGCUGCAGAAAUCGUUACUACAACUGCGUCCAGCCCUCCAAUAGUUGCCAUCACCAAGCCUACCAAAAUCAAAACAACAAUGAAGCCAGCUACAGCCAUUCCUCCAAAAGCACCCAGCACUGCAGCUACCACUACAGAACCUACUACAGCCAUUCCGAUCACUACCAUUAAGCCUACUUUCUUUAGAAAGCCUACUAUUAACACCACUACCACACCUAGGAUCACGACCACCACUACCACGACUUCUACAACCACACCUCCUACCACUAGGAUUGCCACUACCACAAGUCCAAUCCCCACUACCACAACCACAAAACCAACGAUCGCUACCACCACCACUAUCACCAGUACCACAACCCCCAUCAGCACCACUACCACUAGUACCACGACCCCUGCCAGCACCACUACAACCAGUACCACAGCCCCCACCACGACAACCAGCACCACAACCCCCACCACAACAACCAGUCCCACAACCCCCACAACUACAACCAGUAUGACAACCCCCACCACUACAACCAGUACCACAGCCCCCACCACGACAACCAGCACCACAACCCCCACCACAACAACCAGUACCACAACCCCCAUAACUACAACCAGAAUGACAACCCCCACCACUACAACCAGUACCACAACCCCUACCAGCACCAUUACCACCAGCACCACACCGUCCACCACCACCACUACUACCAGUACUACGAACCCCACCAGUACCAUUUCUACCAGUACCAUGAUCCCAACUACCACCACCACUACCACAACUGAACGCAUCACUGCUGCUGCAACCACUACCAGCCCAACUACCACCACAACUACAGAACAACAAACAGUCUCCACACAGUCUGUGGAAGUGGAACAGACGACAAAGAAACUCUCUGUACCACCAUCGUUUGUAGAAAUAACGCCGCGACCAGUAACGAGACCUCCCACGUCUACCACAGCUUCAGCAUCCACCACCGUGGGAGACACAUUACCAACUCAAGAAUCCUCCACAUCCACAACAAUUGGGACACCGUUGUCGACGCUAGACUGGCCUAGAGAUGAAGAUAAUGCACCAGGCACUAUCAGCCAGAAUCUGGAGACGACCACAGCCGCCAGUACAGGAACAACAUCCUCACCUAAGCCUCCUGCUUCUCCUGAACCAGCUCCAGAAUCCGUAUCACUGUCAGCGCCUUCCCACGCUACCCACAAGCCGGUGUACGUCCCACAACCAGGAGAAACACCUCUCGAUGUCAGUUUCACAGCUCUUCCUCUCGACGCAAGCACGCAAAGGGGCGCAACUGAGACGGAAGAAGGCUGGAUCAAUACUGAAGAUCCAACAACAAUUCAGACUGAGGCAUCUUCUUCCGUUAGCGAAUUCCGUAACGAGUCCACCAGUGAUUCUUUGCUUCUUAGGCCUGAUAGUGAUACAGGGGUAUCAGAAGAUGCAGUGGAUCUCAGUCCUUCGACAGAGUCAAGUACACAGUUCACUUCGACAUAUCAACCGUCACCUUUCACAACAGACAAAGAAAUGAACGCUUCACAGAUGAAUAUAAUGGCGUCCCCAGCAACCCCAACGUCACCUGCUGAUAAUUUACCCGGUGGUGAGAUAGCUUCUGAUGCUUCACAAAUUUUAAAUGUUGCAGCUGAAAUUGUAGAGAGCACAGAUUCGUCUAGUACUGAAAAAGUUAGUGAGAAGCCAGUUAUAAAUGCGUUGCAAGAUACUAGUGGUACUGGUGAUAGCAGUUUCAACUCGGAGCUCAGGGGACAACAGAGACCGAAGCAUCCAUAG